CCUGGAACAGGUACAGGAUGAGUGUUCCAGCGAAACCCCUACCACCAAACGGUGCGAACGUAUGAGAGAAGAAAGUACGGUACGCAUUCGACAGACAAACAUGAAUAAAAAGGACCACUGCCGACACCGCGUCAAAAGACGAAGGUGGCAGGUCGCAUACUUCCAAACAUGAUCAUGAUGUGUAGUAGUACUCUUCUACCAAGAGCCACAUACACAUUUAUUCUAAUGUAAGCGGCUCCAAUUUUUAUGUUCAUAAGCUUAAACGACCAUUUCAUCUCGACGAAGAAAUCAAAAAGCCAUGUCCUCAACCUCCAAACGCCCUCGCGGGCAUCAAGGCGGCGUGACGAUCGGUGGCAAGACCUACCUGGACGAAGACGACGAUUCCGACUUCGUUCCGGACGACGAAGACGUCGAAAACGAGGAACGCGAGCGGAAACGACUCUUCAAAGAAGGACAACGAAAGCCGUCUUCCGCAAAAGAGAAAGACGGCGCACAGAAGACGUCUUCAGGGACAUCAAAGUUUCCACCAACUACUACGGAUGCGCAGCGCGUGGCCAGCACAGAUGGAACAGACAAUGAACGACGAAAUAAGCAGCGCGACCACGCCGGGAUGAAAGAGGCGGAGUUGCGUGGUGUGGCGCGAACAGCAACUUCUACUGCGAAAAGUGUUGAAAAUCGCCUUCAACUCCAGGCCGCGCAAAUCUUUGAAGAGAUGAUGGCAGAAGCGGAGGCAGAGCGAGUGAAGGAGAGAACGAGAAAAGAACUUCCUGCAGCAGCUGGGCCCUGCGAUUUUGAAAACGGAGAAAGAACGCAGACGGUUACGUCGACGACGACCUGUAUGAGAUUCUCAAACACUACAUUUUCAAUUACAAUUGUAUUUACAUGAGAAUUUGUAGUGCAAGAACAGCAAAAGUGAAUGCAAGGGUGGGCAUGCGAAAUUGCAGCUCUCGCAUCACAAAAUUAUCAAAGGUUCGUAUGCUGUUUAGUUCUUCGGGAAUUUGUCAUGCGAAGCAUCUUGAUUGAGAAGUGACAGUGGCUUGUGGUAUAUUUUGCAGCGUGACAUCAAGUCAUGUAUUAACAGCUGAACACACGUAGACGUAACGUUUGAGAGCUCCAUAGCCUGCGGCUCUCGAGACUGGAACUGGUGCGAGCGCGCGACACCACACGAAGCCAAGAUCGUGCAGCUGCCGGGCGGUUUUCGUACAAGUGGUUUAGUAUUCUCGGCUGCACCUGCUGGUGGAAGGAGCCGAGGCUUACUAGUUCCUGGUGGCGGUGGCCGCGCGCUGUCCUCUUCCAGCAAGCGACCUGCACCUUCGCGAGGGUGGCUAGGAGAAGAUUUUGUUGGGAUGAAAGCUGCUGCGCCUAGCAGGAGCCGUACGACGGCUUUGGAUCUAGCCGCGCUUCUCGGAGGAGAAGUGGUUCGACAGCAUCCUGAUGUUGCCCCGUCGAGAGAAGGAGUGGUAGCGAAGCAGAUGAACAAUAAAGGGUUAUUGGCAACAGCGUCUGCAGAAGUUCACUUACAUUCGACCAGCAAGAAGAAGACGAUUCCGGCGAGGCAAAGGUUCAAACACGACCAGAAGCUGAACGUGCGGAAAAUUCGUGAGGACGUCGCGUUUGCGUACCGGAACCACUACCACCGAGCUGCGGAUCGCGACGCGGUGAAGGCCUUUGCGUCCACGGUGGACACCGUCUCCACCUCCGCCGCGCAGCAGGACGCGCGGGAAGCAGGCCGACGUACCGGGGAUAACCCACUAUCACAAGGCCCUGCAGGGAACGAUCGUACUACGGGUGGAGGCACGCACAACGGCGGGACCACUGGCACGGGUGCAGCUGUUCUUCACGAGAAUUUCUACACAGACCUGUUUGCGCAGCUGGAAAUGGACGACCCAGUCGCCGGUAGAAGUCGUGACUACGCCUCCUCUGAUGUGUCUACAUCGCAAGCAGUGGCGCAGCUCCGAAGUCUGGUGCGGGAUAGCGAGGACGCGGCUUCCGUAAAUCUGGUGGCGCGCACAUGCGGUGCUCAGUUCCUCUUGUGGGUUGCGCGGAUUCUCGGCUCCGAAGUAGACGGGAUGUCGUUCAAAGAUGUGGUCGGGCCGGCGUCCUCCGCCUCGGGGCUGCGAGCAGAGCUCGAGCGAGGUGUCGGCCAGACAAAUGCAGAACUGCUGCGGCGGCUUGUCGCGGAGCGGGUUUUAGAGGUGUACCAGAACGGCGGGGUUGUAGCGGGAGUUAGUAGCGCUGCUGCGAUGUUGACCACGGGUGCGCUCGAAGCUGCCAGCGCUCCGUUUGACAAAGCGCGUGUAGUUUUUGCGGCGGACCCGCCGGCACUGGGAGCGCACGUCCUGGACCUCCACGCGGGCACAGAACGAAAAACGACGAGGCCGUCAUCUUCCAAGCGAAACAGAAAAGCGAAACUUGCGCGGAAUGUUGACGAAGAGGAUUUAUUGACGAAACAGGCUGAUAAUUGGGAGCUCAGCGCCGCGCCCGCGUUUCAGGCCUUGGUCAGAAUCGUGGAGGCCGACCGGGCUGUUGGCGAGUGGCAGCUAGCGACAAUUAUUAGCCAAAGCGAGCAAGAUUGGCAAAGGUUUCUGGAGCAGCAGAAACGCUCUGGAAACGAUGAGUUGGACGUCGGGAAGCGUAGCGGACUAAUGUACUUAGAAGAACAAAACUUCUUGAAAAAAACUGAAGCGCGAGGUGCGCGCAAGUAGUAGCAAGAACUAUAUCUUCGAGAGCGGUAUGAAAGAACAUGGCGCGCAACAGCGUUUCGUGGGCUUGCGCACGCGAAUUCUUUAUGAG